AAAUGACUCUAGUACCCUUUGUGCUAUCCAGAAAUCAAUGCAGUGCCCAGCACUCGUUCAGAUUUGACACCGACCUGUUCAGACUUCAGAAUCCCGGCGAGCGGUCGCCGGAGUUACAGUCAACAAGAUGCCGCCUUUCCCACUCCUGGCCGUCCUCCUCCUCCUCCUCUGCCACGGGGACCCGCGCGCCGCCGCCGCCGGCAACCCGCCGGACCAGCCGCCGACCCCGACCCCGACCCCAUGGCCGCACCAGUUCCACGCGAAGCUGCUGAUGGACUACAAGGGCAACCUGUCGCUGGCCGACCUGUGGUACGACUGGCCGGGGGGCCGGAACCUGCACGUCAUCCGCUACCAGCUGGCCGCCGACGCGCCCUACUACGACGCCGAGUGGAACAACGGCACCUCCUUCUUCUACACGCCGGCGCGCCGCGCCUGCCGCUCCGCCGCCGUCGGGGUCGGCAUCCUGCGGCCCGACUGGCUCGCCCCCGGCGCCGCCUACCUCGGCCGCGCCCAAGCCGACGGCUUCGACUGCCACGUCUGGGCCAAGGCCGACUUCAUCACCUACUACGAGGACGCGCAGACCAGGCGCCCCGUCAAAUGGGUCUUCUACACAGGGCGGACGGCGCACGUGAUGAGCUUCGAGCCGGGGGCGGUGCUGGAGGACGCCGCGCAAUGGCAGGCACCCGACUACUGCUUCGCGGCCGGGAACGACCUUGCCUCCGAACCCGCUGACGGGCGCGACGACCAGGGCUUCAUCCCUAGGAUCAGAAUGCCGUCGGAAGGCUAGUCUAUCUCAUCGUGGAACGGUCGAAUGCCGUCGGAAGGCUAGUGGAACUGUUCGACCGUCGCUCGCGAUUGAUCGAUGUGGACUAUGUAACAUGAGCGUUUCACAUUUUGCUGGCAAACCGACCAGGCACCGGGCAGUUCCCCUGAGCAAGACGGUGCUGCAUAUAAAUAUGUCUGUCCGUA